AUGACUUUGUGGAAGAAAUUGAUUACUCCUUCAGUAUUCUGGUUCUUUGUGAUACUUGCCAUAACAUUUAUAGCUUUAUACUCACAUGUGAAAUUAUAUCGUAACAUUUCACAGCUGAUAACGCUCACUUACAUCGGCUUAGAUAUAGUAUCGUCACUGAAGGUGCUGUUGACUAUGGGGAUAUGCAUGACAACUGGACUUCGAGAAUUACGACUAUAUGGUAAAGAGCUGAAGAAUGCAGAUGCCCUCCUGGUAUGGAAGAAGUCAGAAAACGUCAAGAUGCUAGGAGGUUUCCUGUUGGGUGUCAACCUAGUAGUUGUUGUUGCUUUGCUCGCCACUAUUGCUCAAAACUCAAACGGGCUCCGUGAGUACCUGGAAGUCAUAUUCUCUCUAUUCUUAGACUGUAUGACAACCUUACAAUUUGUUGUUCUGGAAUUGGAGCUGUGGGUUAGAUUCUGCUCCCUGAACACCAGACUGCUGGAGGUGAUUCCAGUGCGAAUGACAUCUGCGUCUCUGGAAGGGGCUUCACAGCUGCCACCUCUAGGCCGACUUCGCCAGCUGUUGGAAGCAUACACGGCUCUGCGUCAUGGAGCGCAGCAUUUGCAGAAACACUUCGGAGUGCCUGUGGCUGUCAGCGUGGCAAAGUCGUUGUGCUGCUCCACUUGCAGCGCCUACGAAGUACUGCUGAUACAGCUGCGUCCCCAGUGGGCCGAGCAGUUGCCGCUCAGUCCAUCUGUUGGCAACUCACUGAUGUUUCUGACAUUGCGCUGGCUACAACUAACCAUAGUGGCGCUGUCUUGUGCGGCGGUGGAGGAUGCUGCAGCGACUACUGGUGAAAUUCUCCUGUGGGCCUCAGUGGUGUGCAAGGGCCGCUGUUCCGACCUGGAGGCCUUUUUGCCAGUCAUUUCACAUGGUCCGCGAUUGCAUUUCUCCGCUGCCGGGUUCUUCAUAGUCAACCGUCGUUUGAUAGUCUCUGCAUUAGCCAUUGUCAUCACUUACCUUGUCAUCUUGGGACAGCUCACUCCUAUACAGUGA